UACGUGCAGACCCGCAUCUUCAAGAUCAUCGUGAUCGGGGACUCCAACGUGGGCAAGACCUGCCUGACCUUCCGCUUCUGCGGCGGCACCUUCCCCGACAAGACCGAGGCCACCAUCGGGGUGGAUUUCCGCGAGAAGACGGUGGAGAUCGAGGGGGAGCGCAUCAAGGUGCAGGUGUGGGACACAGCUGGCCAGGAGAGGUUUCGGAAGAGCAUGGUCGAGCAUUACUACCGCAACGUGCACGCCGUCGUCUUCGUGUACGACGUGACGAAGAUGGCCUCCUUCACCAACCUCAAGAUGUGGAUCGAGGAGUGCAACGGGCACGCCGUGCCCCCCCUUGUCCCCAGGGUGCUCGUUGGCAACAAGUGUGACUUGAAAGACCUGAUCCAGGUGCCAUCCAGCAUGGCCCUCAAGUUCGCCGACGCUCACAACAUGCUUUUGUUUGAGACCUCGGCCAAGGACCCUCAGGAGAGCCAGAACGUGGACGCCAUUUUCAUGUGCCUGGCCUGCCGCCUCAAGGCCCAGCGCUCGCUGCUCUGCCGGGACCUGGAGGGGCGGCCGGGCCAGGCCCGCAGGCUGGACCCAACGCCCGACGCCAGCGGUAAAACCUCCUGCCCGUGCUGAGCGGGGCAGCCCCGGAGACCCCCCGGCUCCCGCCGCCCCUGUCCCGGUCACCCCAAUAAAGUCUCUGCCUCCAGUCA